GGUAGUACAUGCUUAGGCAAUCAUCACGUUAACGUGCAAUUCAGUAUGUUUGCAGGCAAAAGAAGCGACUGUUAUUUACCAAGUCAAGAAUUCAUAAUAUGCCGUGUGAAGUGACUGCUCGGUUCUUGAUACUGUACGGAUCUCAGCGCGGCCAGGCACAGUGCAUAGCUGAAGAUAUUUGUGAACAAGCGAACGAACAUGGAUUUACAGCUGACGUAUGCUGUCUGAGCAAUGUGGAAAAGUACAACGUGGACAGGGAACGUCGCCCAGUUGUUUUUGUGGUUUCCACAACGGGCGAUGGUGACCCUCCAGACACAGCUCAGAAGUUUGUGAGAAAGAUCAAGAACAAAUCUCUGCAACAGGACAGCUUCUCCCAUCUGUGUUAUGCACUGUUAGCUUUAGGAGACACAAACUAUGCAGAUUUCUGCAACUGUGGAAAGACCAUUGACAGACGUCUGCAGCAACUUGGUGCAAAACAUUUCUAUGCCACUGGGCAUGCGGAUGACGGCACUGGACUUGAAGUAGUAGUGGAUCCUUGGAUUGAGGGACUCUGGGAGGCUCUGAAAAAAGCGUUUGCCAAUAUGUCCACUGGAGAUCAACAAGUUGCUGCCCCUAGUGACAGUCCAUCAAAAAAUGCAUCCAGCCAAGAAAAUAACAGAUCAGAUCUAGCGGUCGAUCUUCAUCUUUUAAAAUUGAGUGAAAGAGACUCGCAGAAAGAAAAUACGUUUGAAAGCGUUCAAACUGAGACUGCAUCAGAACCUUUGGUGGCAUCACUGAAACAUUCAGUAACACCUUUAUCAGAGUCGGCUCUUAAAGUUCCUGCACUGCCCCCUUCGUUUCUGGAGGUCCUUUUGGAGACGGGAUCAACGGAAGAGACAGCCCCUGCUGAUAAAGAAGGGUACCAUGAAGUGCCUGUUUCAAAAGCAGUUCAAUUAACUCAAGAUGAUUCGGUAAAAACUGCCAUCUUACUGGAGCUUGAUAUCUUGGAACAGAACAUGGUUUACCAGCCUGGGGACUCCUUUGAAGUUCUUUGCCCAAAUAGAGCAAACGAGGUUGAAGAGUUGCUUCUAAGACUCGGUCUACAAAUGCAAGAGAAUAAUGCAGUUCAGCUUCACCUGCUUAAAAACACCAGUAAGAAAGCAGCGAAGGUUCCACCUCACAUCCCUCAGAAAGCCUCCCUGCAGUUUAUUCUUACCUGGUGUGUGGAGAUAAGGAGCGUUCUAAAAAAGGCGUUCGUCCGGGCAUUGGCGGACGUCACUCAGAACGGUUCAGAGAAACGAAGGCUUCUUGAGCUAUGUAGCAAAGAAGGCUCGGCAGACUACAACCGAUUUGUUAGGGAUGCCAAUGUAUGCGUGCUAGAUGUCCUCCGAGCCUUUCCUUCCUGCCAACCUCCCCUCAACCUACUCUUUGAACAUUUACCAAAGCUUCAGCCCAGAGCCUAUUCAGCUGCCAGCUCUAGCCUUCAGCACCCCGGGAAGGUUCAUUUCGUGUUCAAUGUGGUGGAGUUCCCCGAGUGUCCAGAGCAUCCUGCAAGGACGGGGUUGUGCACAGGCUGGCUGGCUGAUCGUGUCUCUUCAAUCUUGCAGCCCCCUGGGACGGUACCAGCGUCUGAGUGUCUUGACACAUCAGCCCUACCGAAGGUUCACGUGAGAUCCCGUCCCAGCAGCAACUUCCAUUUGCCUGCUGAUCCAUCUGUUCCCAUAGUGAUGGUGGGUCCUGGGACAGGAGUGGCCCCCUUUAUUGGAUUUCUGCAGCAGAGAGAUAAGGAACGUCAGGUCAAUCAGGAAGUCACUUUUGGAGAGACAUGGCUCUUUUUUGGCUGUCGCUAUAGAGACAAAGACUUUCUCUUCAGAGAGGAGUUGGAGAGAUUUGUGCAUAAUGGAACUCUGAGCCAUCUGAUCGUGUGCUUCUCCAGAGAUGAGCCUGACGGAGGGAAAACGGUUAACAGAGCAAGAUAUGUCCAGCAUAACAUGAUUCUUCAUGCUAAAAGUGUUGCCGACAUCCUCCAUAAAGACAAAGGCUGUCUUUAUGUUUGUGGGGAUGCGAAGAACAUGGCGAAGGAUGUGAAUGACACAUUACUGGAAAUUAUCGGAAAUGAGCUUCAACUCGAUAAGCUGGAGACUAUGAAGACGCUUGCAGGACUCCGCGAGGAGAAGAGAUAUCUGCAGGACAUCUGGAGCUGACCGAGUGAACCGUAGCAUCUUAUUCACAGACACAGACGAGCAAAGGACGUCUCUGCCCUUCCAGUUCAAACGUGCACCACAGGUGUCACUGAGUGAUACCAGAACUCAUUAACUAACUGCUUCUCAACUGCCAUAACAGUUCCCAAGGGUAUUCCCUUCCUUUCUGCUUUGCACAUAUUAUACAGCAUUAUCUGACUGUACAGUUAAACGAGAUUAGAUAUGUUUUAUCCAAACGUUUUUAACUGUGCCUUUUAUUAAAGAGGAGACACGCAUCA